ACAAGCGUAAAAAAAAACAAUGUGGACGUCAUUGCGCGUUCGCAAAACGUGUGAUUAGGUCGUGAUUCUUCGUUGUGUAACAAAAUUUUGGUGCAACGUAAACGCGUUAUAUAUAUACACACACAUACACGAACAAUAUUUCUAAUAUUUCUUUCGAUCGUUUGUAAAUUGAAAGAAAAAAAGUAUUGCAACACAUAACAUAACCUCACGAACGACGCGACUACGCCUAUCUUAACUGCCGCAAAAUCAACGUUUGCACGAAAAUAUAAGUAAGAUUGAUAUACGAUGUUUCCGUGCCACUUUGCGUGAUUGUAUAAUAUUAAGUUUAGAAAAAAGGGAAAAAGCAUCCCUUCGUGACAUAACCUGAAAAAAACUUACCUCGAGCCGCGGUGCCAACGCGCAGUUCAACGUGCAUCAGGGUUCGUUGCCGAGUUGUGUGCUACGAAUCGCUCGGGUAUCGUGAGUUGAAUGAAAAUUCGCAUCUAAACGCCAUGAAGAUCAAUGAGAAAAAUAUGGUGGCAUUCGCGACCUCUGCGACGCCAGUGGACCGCGAAGGCUGGCUGAAUAAACGCGGCGAGGUGAAUCGCGGAUAUCAAAGGCGGUGGUUCGUUCUCAAAGGGAAUAUACUGUUCUAUUUCGACCGCCGCGGUGACAAAGAACCCGUGGGCAUGAUUGUGCUCGAAGGGUGUACAAUCGAAUUAGCAGAGGAUGAAGAGCAGUUUGGUUUCAAGAUAGUCUUCCACGGGCCAAACAAUAGGAGCUACGCUUUAGCAGCGGAAUCUCAGGAGUCUAUGGAACAAUGGAUGAAGGCGUUAGCUUGUGCCAGUUACGACUACAUGAAACUUAUGGUAACUGAGCUGCAACGUCAGUUAGACGCUGUGGAGGAGGAAACAUCAUCAUCUACACCAGUGCAACAGUCGCCUAAGGCACCGCCAAGACAGCGACAUAAUCCUUUCAACAGACCAGACUCUCACCAUCGUUCCCAGAGCGUCAGGUCGGCGCCUGGUAGGACAGAAAAUGUGCCCAGAACUAGAAUAACCUUCCGUGAGCUUCAUACGGCAUACGGCAGACGAAUCUUGGCUGAUCUGAAUACAUGGAGGCAUGCGAGGAAAACUGCCGAUGCACCUCUAAUCACUCUGUAACUUCGCACAUAUUUUAUAGAUAAACCCGAACAGUGUGCAUGAUCCAUGUAAGUUACUGACUUUCGAGGAGUCAACGUAGCAUCAAUAAACGGAAAACUUUUGAUAAAAAAGCAAUCAUUGUAAUCUGUUAUAUUUAAUAUAUAUAUAUAUAUACACACACGGUGACCCAUUUUAAUCGACAAACGGAGAUAUCUCCGAA